UUCCAGCUGGAUGAUUGGGUAUUAUGCCGAAUAUACAACAAAAAAGGUACCAUCGAGAAGCGUGACGUCAGCGGUCAGAGUAUGAUGAGUGCAGUGACGUCAGAGGAUGAGAGGAAGCCCGUCAUCAUGACGUCAGUCCCGGAAUCGGAGGCGGUGGUGUACGAUGACUUGGUGUAUUUCAAUCCAUCCGAUUCCGUCCCGAGGCUUCACACGGAUUCAAGCUGCUCCGAGCAUGUAGUUUCCCCGGAGUUUGCGCCGGAGGUGGAGAGCGCUCCGAAGCUGAUGGAUUGGGAUAAAACUGCCCUUGAUUUCCCGUUUAAUUACCUGGACGCCAGUGGUCCAAAUCCGGUGGGCGGUGCGCUAAUUGGCUCACAGUUACAGAGCAAUUAUCCGAUGGAGCCUUUGACGGACAUGUACGCGUAUUUGAGCAAACCGUUUUGAAGUGGGGCACGGGUUGUGUCGCACGUGUUACAGGAGACUAUUUUGAGCCAAUGAGCGUGCACGUGCGAGUUACGUGCAGGAAAUUGGCAGUAGUGUAUUUUCUAUGUGCUAUUAUUGGGCAAGUGUCCAUAGAUUUAAAAAUUUUAAAAAUUAAAAAAAUGUGUACAUAUAUUCAGUGCGCUGUAUCUGCAUUGAUAGUUUUCUAAGCUCUAUUAAUUAAUUAGUUUGUUUUAUUGAUAAGUGUGGAUAUUUUGUUA